AUGGGUAUUCCGGGUUUCAAUGUUUGGUUCUCAGAGAAAUAUUCGAAGGCAUAUUUGCCUCUUGACAAAGUCCGCGUUGAUCACUUGUAUAUUGACCUAAACUCGGUCCUCCACACGGUCAUGCGCAACGCCCGCAAUCACGGCCACUUCCACAAGCUCCUCCACAAGCGCCUAAGUGCCAUCCUCGACGUGACGCAGCCCAACAAGUCCGUCAUGAUUGCUGUGGACGGACCCGCCCCGCUGGCCAAGCUCCUCACGCAGCGGGACAGGCGCAAGAAGAAGGGCCGGAGUGUGGAUGAGGGUGAAACGCUGACCGGGGUGGCCAUCACUCCAGGGACGACCUUCAUGCUGGACCUCACACACUCGCUUACGUACUUCUGCUGUACAAAGAUGUCCGGCAAGCGAUAUCGCCAUCUGUUGUUUGAGUUGUCCGACAGCAACGUCAUGGGCGAGGGUGAGGUGAAGGUCUUGGGUCGCCUCGCCAGGCCCUGGCACCCGGGUAACCCAAAAGACACACACGUCAUCUUUGGUGACGAUGCGGACCUCAUUCUCAUGGCGCUCACCAGCUACAAGGUUCCCCUGGAGUCCGCCUUGCUGCAUGCCAAAUUGGAUCUAACCCUCAUCGCCAUUCUCUCCAAGGGGAAUGACUACCUGCCAGGGUUGAAGGGAGUGGCGCUGGAGGGUCCGGGUCGGUCGGGGCUCUGGGCUCGAUACGAGGCCGCAGCCGCCAAGCUUGGUGGGGAUGGCGGUGGCGGCGGUGGCGGCGGCGGGGGGGCUGGUGGCCGCAACCCGCAGCAACAGCCGCAGCAGGCCCCCUCCUCCCCCUCCCCCCGCUCCCCCCGCUCCCCACCCCCGGCGGUGGCGGUGGCGGUGGCGGCGCUGCCCGCUGGCGCCAUUUCCGCCACCGGAUCGGUGACCUCCGUGGACCCCGUGACGGGGGCGCCAAGACUGGACGCGGCGGCGCUGGCCAAGAUGCUGAAGCUGGCGGGGGUGGCGGCAGCCACCGCGGUAGCAGCGAUGGCGGUGGAGGUGGUGGUGGAGGAGGAGGAGGAGAUGUACCUGACGGGGGAGUGCCCGGAUUACAGGUUUGUGUACGACGGGGUUGCACCCAGCGCCGCCGCGAUAUGCGCCGUCUGCGAGUCACUUGUCGCGUCGGGACAGACAUACAUAACGUUGAACACGUUUGGUACGGCGGACCCUCGGGCUGCGCUGCCGCUACUGCCGGUUGCCUGUGCGUUGGCGCUACUGCCGGCCAACUGCCGUCACCUGGCGGCGCCGUGUGUACGGCAUUUGAUGCACUCGCCGCCGGAUGAUAGCAGCGACAGUGAUGACGGCGUUCCUGACAUGGCGGUGGCGGGAACCAGCGAACUGCCCCGUUUUGGUCGGGAUCUCUUUUACGAGCUGUACGGCGAUUGCGCCAAAUGCAAGAAGUACGGUGCGGAGAUGGCGAAGAUCCAAAAGAACUACCUGACCGCCAGGCAGGUCCAUGCGAUAGCGACCAAGCGCCAUCAUGCCGUACAAAAAGGUACGGCACCUGUGGGCGAGCCGCCGGAGGAGGAGCUGAUGGCCGAGUUGGAGGCGGCGCAUCGCAAAAUGCAGGAGUGUAAGGCCCAGCUGCACCAGGUGGAGCAGCAGCGCAAGGCCCACAUCAGCUCGACUCACCCCUACCGCCGGUUUCCGGUGGAGCAGCUGGAGGCCGUGGCAGAGGCGGCCCUGUCCGGGGGUAGCAUCGGUGCGGAGGAGCGUGCGGCCACUGAGUUCGGCAGGCCUCUGGUACUCCGGGCCUUCAACAGCAAGCCGGAGGCGGCGGAGUUCAUCAGAAUGCACGGCACCGCCAACCAACUACAGCGACCACAGUCGUCGUACGGCCAGCCGCCGCCGUACCAACAAUGGCAGCAGCAGCGCGGGAUGUCAAGCUGGCAGCGCCCGCAACAACUACAACAGCCGCGUCAAGAAGAUUAUGAGGCCAUCUACGUGCCGCCGCCGCCGCCAUUUAAUGUAGAACGUCCGGCGUUUUUUGCGGCAAUUGUACGGCAAGAAGUAUUGUAUGAUCAGUACGGAAGUACGGCGCCGGUACAGCUGCGCAUAGCUUCAAAGGCGCCGAACGAGGUGGUGCGGUACUUGAUGACGCAGGAUUCGCGGCCGCUGGUCAGCGUCGCGGCGGCGGCUACAGCGACGGCGGCGGCGGCGGCGGAGGCAGCGACUACGGGGAUUAUUGGCGUGGGUGUAGCGGCGGUGGCGGAAGCCGCGGCGGCGGUCGAAUCUCACAAGCGACGGCGGGCCACCACACUGCAGCAGCCUGAGCUUGUGGAGGCUGUGGGAGGCGGUGUAGAGGCGGAGAGCGGCAUGGAGGAGGAGGAGGAGGAGGCACUGGCGACAGCUGCUGCGGCGGCAGCGGCUGUGCCGGUAUUGACUGGUCGAGGCAGCGCUCCUGCCGAGGCGCAGAAGCGCCGCGUUCGCAAGGCGAAGGCGGCGGCGACGGCGACAGGGGAUUCAGUCGCUUCACCCUCAGAAGCAGCGGCCGCCGCCGCCGCUGCCGCUGUUGCUGUCGCCGCUGUUUCUACUGCUGGAGGCGGAGCGGGUGGGUCUGCCGGUCGCGGACGCGGCUCCCGGAAAGGAAGCGCGGGUGGCGGUAGGGACAAGUCCCGAGCCAAUGCCAGCGGCGCCGCUGCAGCCGCCGCCGCCGCCGCUGUGGCCGUUACGUCAGCGACAACGGGCGCCGGGGAUGUCAGAGCGCGCGUCGUCGCCGGCCCCGCGGUUGCGAGCGGUUGCGUCAACCUGGGGCCAGCGGUCCGGGUCGAGGCCGCCGCCGCGGCGGCGACGUCAUGGACGGCCCCCCCCGCCGCUGCCGCGCCUGGUGGCCCAUUGCCUAUGCCCAGCGCUCGCCUCCUAAGAACCGCAGCCGGCGGCUGCGGCUGCGGCGGUGGCGGCGGCCCCCUCGAACUACUGUCGGAGGCACCUCGAGUCGGAGGCACGCCCGCGUGUGUGCAGCCGUACAGGCCGCCGCAACUUCAUACACAAACGCCAGAUUACGGGGAAGGGUUGGGGCAGCGGCCCGUUUCGCCGGAGUACAGCACCUUCUACGGCAGGGGGAACGCGCCGUACGAUGUCACGUGGGCACCGCCGCCAGCGCCGGUGCCGCCGCCGGGCGGUUAUUUGCAGCAUUCGCAGUAUUAUCCGGCGCCGUCAGCGCAGCAGUACGGGACCAGGUAUUCGUACAACGUACAGCGGGGCCUUGCGCCCAAUGCGCCGUACCCUGCGCCGGUGGCGAUGCCCUAUGUCGGCUCCGGGUAUGCCAGCGGCCCAUACAGUGCCGCCCGCCCGCCGUACCGUCCAAUGUCGCCCCCUCCGCUGGCGGCGGCGGCGGCAGCAGCAGCGGCGGCGGCGGCGGCGGCGGCGAAUCGCGGCCGAAUGGCGAGUGGACCCGCAGGGCCUCGAAUGAACUGA